AUGAGUGUCUAAUUGAAUGAUAGGCAUAUUACAUAAUUAGAAGAAUUAGAAUCUUUAAAAGGAAAACUAUAAUGUCCAUCCUAUAGAUCUCGUAAUCUUUCAUCGGAUAGAUAGUAUACUCCCUCAUUGACAAAUGAUUUCAGAAGCACAAGAAAUAGCGAUUAAUAGAAGGAUUCUUAAUCAGUAGAAAAAUGUAUUUUUUAUUUGAAUUAUGGUCUAGUCUUGAAUCUUAAACAGUAAAAUUAGAAUGUUGAUAAUCUAUCUCAAUUAUGGAAAUAAUAAAAGUAGUCCAUAUCAUUAACUUAAAGUUUAUAUUCAUAAAAUCCUAUAUGUACAUAUGUUAUAUAUGUAAAAUUAGCUGAUAAAUAAGAAAUCGAAUAGUAAAUCCCUAAAUAUACUCAUUUAGUAAUAGAAGAAGAAGAUAAUUUAGUUACUGAAUAAGAUGUCAAUAAAUUUAAAGUAGUUUAGGCAGCCAACAAUGUAAGAGUAAAUGGAAAAUUUCCAACUGCUACAAAAUAAGGUGGUUAAAAAAAAAUUUAAUAAUAAGCUCAGAACAUUUAGACAAGUAAUAAUCAAGGUUAAAGCAAAAAAACAAAUAGUAAUAUUAAUAAUAAUAACAUUCGUCCUUAAACUACAAAAUCCUAAGCUCAAGUACCUUAAACACCUUAAACUCAAAAGAGAACUGUUUAAAAAAGUAAUACAAAGUCCUUCUAAGAUCCAAUUUUAGAUAGUAUAUGUUUCAAAUAAAAAUAGUUCCAUAAACUCCAUCAUAAAAAUUAAAAUAAAGUUCUUUAUUAGAAAAAAGUAGAUAAGGAAAGGUAAAUUAGGCUGUUGGUAAAGUAAUGACCAAAAAGAGUUCUGAAGAAGAUGAAAAAAAUUUAGUCUUUUAAUUAGCUAAAUUAAAAGAUAGUGUAACAAAGUUAUAUGAUAGUAGAUUUGAAAAUAAGCUAACUCAUUCUUCAUUAUUAAUUGAAAAGUAAAUAUUAAUUAUUUACUUAGAAAUUUUGAUUAAAUAAUUAACACAUUGUAAUAGGAUUUUAGAUUUCAUGAAAAUGAUAUGUGA